AUGCAGCGAGCAGUUGGCCUCCGAAGCCAGUUCCUCGUCGCGAAGAACUCGACCGCCGCCCUUCCGCUCUGGGCGCGGCGCUCGUUCGUGUCCGAGGCCCACAUCCAGGCCGAGCUGGAGGCGGCGCGUCGGGUCAAGGCCCUCGAAGAGAAAAACGCCCGGGAUCGGGCGACCAUGCUGAGCACUACGCCCGCGCCCCCACAGGGCAAGCGAAGCGACGAGGCCCCGGGCCAGCCCGCCCGUUUGCCCUCCGCCGAAAACAACCACCAGCCCGCGCGACCCAGCGCCCAGUAA